UUCCUCUGUUAUAGCAGUUUUCUGGCUAACUGUUAACAUAGAGGAAAACUAACAGAACAGGCACACCUAUGUCCUACAGCUAACAGGUCUUUGAAGUGGAGGGCUAAGAAGAUGCCAUGAGGAUUAUGUUCAGGAGGAUGGGAUAAACAUGUUGUUAACUUUAUGGAUACGUUAUGGAGAAAUCCACUCUCCAUGGCUUGGCUCAAGUGGCAGUUACAUUCCUGGUCAGGAAUAAAGGGUAGUUUCUACAACAAGGACUACUAACUACAACAAGGACUACUAACUGCAACAAGGUAAAUAGAACAACUCAUGCCUUCCUGCUUCUGGGAAGCUUUCCACUAGAUGUUGGAACAUUGCUGCAGGGACUUCAGCCACAAGAGCAUUACUGAGGUCGGGGCACUGAUGUUGGGUGAUUAGGCCUGGUUUGCAGUCUGCAUUUCAAUUCAUCCCAAAGGUGUUCGAUGGGGUUGAGGUCAGGCUCUUUGCAGGCCUGAACUGACAGGUUCUGCUAUCCUCCUGAGGGAUCUCCUCUCUGACCAUGAGGGACCGUCUGGAGGAGCUGCGUCAGAGGGCCCAGGAGUUCCGCGAGGCAAGAAACAAGGCAGAUGAGACUCCAUUCCCUGAGGAAGAUGCUGACCCAGAUGACCCAGCGUGGGUUAGUGUCGCCACCCCGCAGCAGGCUGUGGUGUUUGAGGAGGAACCAGUCCUGGACAACUUCCUGUCUGAGGCUCAGCAUAUCCGCGGUGACAUCACUGAGCUCGAAACCGAGGUGAAGAAUUUUAGCCAGCAUCAAAGGAGCCUGGUGGCAGCCAUGCGUCGUUUCAGUGUGAUGAAGAAAGAGAGCAGUGUGACAAGGGACAUCAAGCUGCAGGCAGAGAGCAUCCACAGACGGCUGGACGCCCUCUCCAAGAAGGCACAGAGUUUAGAAGGCCUGCAGGGACUAGCUACAGCCACUACACGCAUCCAACGCUCCCAACACGCAGCGCUACACAGACAAUUCCAGCAGGUGAUGCGUUUGUACAACGACUCCAUUCUCAAUAAACAGGAGCGGUGUAAACACUUUAUCAUCCGUCAGCUGGAGGUGUCUGGUCGCGACGUCACCGAGGAGGAAGUGGACCAAAUGGUUUCUGCGGGAAAGUGGGAGGUGUUUAACCAGAACCUCCUCAACAAUGAACGCAUCACACGCUCUAAGCUGUCUGAGAUCGAGCAGAGACACAAGGAGCUGGUGAAUCUGGAGAGCAACAUGAAAGAGCUGAGAGAUCUGUUUAUGGAUGUCUUUAUUUUGGUGGAGGAGCAGGGAGACUACAUAGAUCACAUCCAGACCAGCGUAGAGAAGACACAGGACUAUGUCGCCGUCAGUAACGAGAAGUUUAAAAUGGCUGCCAGGUACAAGAAAAAUAACCCUUUGAGGAGGCUGUGCUGCUGUUGCUGCCCCUGGAGGUGAUGCACAUAGAGGAGAGACUGGAGAUGCCCCUGGAGGUUUUUCAGAUGGGGAGAGGAAGAGUUCUGGAGAGUCUGCAGGUGGCAUUUAACUUAUAAGAAUCUUCGGAGGACACCGCGUGAAUCAGGCCUUCGUAGUCGAAUUUCUGCAAAGAAACCACUACUAAAGAACACCAAUAAGAAUAAGAGACCUGCUUGUGCAAAGAAACACGAGCAAUGGAAAUUAAACCGGUAGCAAUCUGUCAUUUGGUCUGAUGAGUACAAAUUUGAGAUUUUUGUUUCCAACCUCCAUGUCUUUGUGAGACGCAGAGUAAGUGAACAGAUGAUCUCUGCAUGUGUGGUUCCCACCUUGAAGCUUGGAGGGGAGGUGUGAUGGUGUGUGGGUGUUUUGCUGGUGACACUGUCAGUGAUUUAUGCAGAAUUCAAGGCACACUUAACCAGCAUGACUACCAUAGCAUUCUGCAGCGAUACGCCAUCCCAUCUGGUUUAGUGGGACUAUCAUUAGCAUUCCAGGUGAAGCUGGUUGAGAGAAUGCCAAGAGUGUACAGAGCUGUCAUCAAGGCAAAAGGUGGCUACUUUGAAGAAUCUAAAAUAUAAAUAUGUGUUACUACAUGAUUCCAUAUGUGAUAUUUCAUGGUUUUGAUGUCUUCACUAUUAUUCUACAAUGUAAAAAAAUAGUGAAGAUAAAGAAAAACCUUUGAAUGAGUGGGUGUGUCCAAAUGUUUGACUGGUACUCUACAUAUGAAUGCAUUUACCUGUGAGUUUCACUUCAAAUCAGGCAGGCUCAAUGGAAAGUCUGUAAUAUUUCAAAAUCUCAUUGUGGAUUAUGUUAUUUCACUGUGGUUAUAUGUUUGAUCACUUUUUAUUUCGUUAAGGCCAUUUAACAUUUCAGAAGAUGGCUUUCAGACAAAGACAUCAAGAUUAAAACUCUCUGACUGUGAACAAACAUCCUGUGUUAGGUGAAACUAUUACACAUUUCAAUGUGUCACUGUGCUUUGUCAUAGCAGCAGCUGUGUGGGAGUGUACUUCAUUAAAUACUGAUAUGUCUCACAGUGAACACAGGGGAAUGCCCGGUCACGAGUAUAUGGCCAAGUAUGGGGGACACGUUUAUGUGUGUGUGUGUGUUUGUCAAGUCCUCAAGAAUAGUAACAAGAAUAGUAAACCAACUAAAAUUCAGAGAAGUGAAGAUAUUUGGACGGUCCUCACUUGUAAAAAAGCUAUUUUAGGCUUAGGGGUUAGGGUUAGAAUUAGGGUUUAGGUUAAAAUUAGGGUUAGAGGUUAGGUUUAAGUUUAGGGUUAAGCGUUAGGUUUAGAGUUAGGGAUUAACGUUAGGGUUAAGGAUAGGGUUAGGUUUAGGGAAAAUAAGAUUUUGAAUGGGAAUCAAUUGUUGAUCCCCAAAAUUCAUCACAAGUAUAGUGUGUGUGUGUGUGUGUGUGUGUGUGUGUGUGUGUGUGUGUGUGUGUGUGUGUGCGUGCGUGCGUGCGCGUCAACAGUGGACCCAGGUGUCUGAUGUCAGAGUCUACACAGAGGACAGUGUGUUCAUGGACCUGACUGGUAACACAGGUUUAACUGAUAUCAUAGAACAGGAUGUGUCUAGAUACACACUGCAGGGCACAGGGAGGAUAUCAGAAAGGUGGGUCAGCUCUAACACAGCUGAACAGGACACACAAUGCUUUCCGAAGGUAUUCAAACCCCUUGACUUUUUCCACAUUUUAUAACGUUACAGCCUUAUUCUAAAAUUCAUUAAAUGGUCUUUCUUCCUCAUCAAUCUACACUCAAUACACCAUAAUGACAAAGUGAAAAUAGGUUUUUAGAUUUUUUUUGCAAAUGUAUUAGAAAUAAAAAAAACUU